GAAUCACAGCACAAGAGUUCGAAAAAAACAAACUUUUAGACCCCAAAGGGGUCGUUCGUUCAUUAAUUAUUAAAAACUUUACAGACCAUUUUAAUUAAUACAAGUUUUACGAAUACAAAUAAAUUCUGAAUAGUUAAAAGCAAAGUGACACAGUGAUAAGUUCGACGCCCGAGAAUAGUCUAAAUUUAAAGAGUGAUUGUAUAAAAACAAGAAAAAAAAAAAAACAAAGUAAACUUUUGGCAACUACUUGACAAAUUUUACUAGUGAGUUCGCCAGGCUACACGCACACAACAGAAAUACAGCAGGCAAUGUCAUUAGAGGAUAUUAAAGCAACAAUACGCCGUUUUCCAAAGCUGCUUGGAGGUUUUGGUAUUCUGACCACCGCCGGCAUCAUACUCUACGAGACACCGCAAAUCCGUAAAUACUUCUCGCAAUAUGUAUCCAAAAAAGAACAGGAGCCGGACAAACGUCGCACGGAAUACAUUUACAUUAAAUAUCACAUUUAUCGGGAAUCCAUGCGCAAGCUGCAACAGAAGCAGGAGGACGAGAAGAAGUGGAUAAGUGUCAUCAUUAAUCCCAUUGGCAAAUGGUGGAAGGCAGCGAAGCAUUCGGUUGCCUGGCGUCUGCUGAAUAUAGCACAAAACGGCAGCCAGGCGGAGCGUCUAAAGGCAGUGCAGCAGCUGAUAUGCAUGGAUCAUUUGAAGGACUGGGACUUUCGGCACCUGGCACAAAUCUGUGAUGCACGCACCUCCGUCUCGUUGGCCCGCUGCGGUGCCGACAUGCGUUGGUUUAUGCCUCUGCCACGCCGUGGCUGCAUUAGGAAUCCCAAAAUGCUGCUCUGCGAGCUGCACGUAAUGCUUGACCGGCUGCGCCCAUUGUCCUGUGUGGAUCACUUCUUCAGCAAAUAUUUUCCAGAUCAGCAUAGUAUCGAGGAGCUGAACGAAUUCUUCACGCAGGAUCAAAACGUAUCGCUAGCUGUGCAGGACACAGACUUACUCAAAGAAGUCAUUUCGUUUCUGCAUCACAUCACCAAGGAUCCGAAGAUUGCGGCCAAAAUCAUACACGAUGGCGGACUGAUGCAUUUAAUGGAGCUGCGCAAGAUUUUCGCCGACGACAACGAGACGCUUUCAACGCUAUGCAAAGUGCUUGCGAACCUAUCGUUGGUGCCGGAUGCAGUGGAGCAUUUCUUUGUCUCUGGCUGGGUUGGUGCGCUAGCCGAAUGGCAGCAGUGCCCCGACUUGCGUCUCCAGGUCAUCUCAGCCAAAACAAUGGCCAAUCUGGAUCAUGAUGAUCCCAAUCAGUUCACAUAUCCGCCCAAUGUAUAUCCCCUGCAUCCGCGUGUACGCACUCGCCGCAAGCCCAAGGCAGACAUUGUCUUUAUACAUGGAUUGUUGGGUGGCGUCUUUAUUACCUGGCGGCAGCGGGAUCGUAAGCCCACCGAACUGGGUCUAUAUGGCAAGAAUGCGUUCUAUACCAGCGAAACGGACGAUGUGUUUCUCGUGGGCGAACCGAAGCGCAACGGCAGUAGACAACAGUAUAACAAGCAGCAGGGCAGACCGUUGAUUCCCGCCCAGUUACCAGCCACCAGUGAGGCAUCCAAGAUAAGCGCCAACAAAACCAGUGCCAUGAAAGAUUCGCUGCUGAAGACCAGCAAGAAGGUGGAGGAGAAACGUCUGAACAUAAGCGAUGCGGCCACCAAAGAGUUUGUGGAAACCCUAUACAGUGAGGCUGAGCUCGAUUCAGAUUGGGAGGUAGUGCAUCCAGAUAUCCCGCUGGAGGGCAAUGCGGAUUGUCAAGGCAGUUUCAGUGUCUCGGGCAACGAGUGGACCAAUCAGGAUGCAAGCGAAGAGUACACAAACUGCUGGCCCAUGGAGUGGUUGCCCGAUGACUAUCCCGAUUCUCGAAUCAUUGGCAUUGACUAUACAUCAGCUGUGACCGAAUGGUCAGCCAAUUUCACCAAGUAUUGUCCAUGCGAGAAGGGCCAGGGUCAUAUAGAAGUGCGUGCCAGCUCACUGUUGGAACGCAUUGCCACCGCCGGCGUUGGUAAUGGCCGGCCUGUGGUAUGGAUUGGUCAUUCUAUGGGUGGUCUGUUAACCAAGCUUAUACUGCUUAAAUGUGUGGACUCUGUGGAGCAGAGGCUGCAACAGAUUGCCAAGAAUACGCAGGGCAUAGUGUUUCUGGGCACACCGCAUCGCGGCUCGCCGAUAGCCAAAUGGAAACAGCAUAUGCAAAUGAUACUCUCGCCAUCGAUUGAGGUAAAGGAAAUGGAAGAGAAUUCACCGAAAUUGCUGGAGAUGCAUCGCCGUUUCAUGGGCUGCCUACACACCUGCCUGCGUCACGUGAAUGUGCUCAGUCUGGCCGAAGGCUCACCCACCAUGCUGACCACAUUCAAGUUUCCGUUGCGCAUCGUUACUGAGGAAUCAUCCCGCAUCGAUUUCGGUGAUUUCUUUUUGCUCAAAGAUGAUCAUCUCAGCCUCUCCAAGCCCAUUUACCGUCAAUCGUUUGUCUAUCAACGCCUAUUGCAUGUGAUCAGCGAGGCAAUAGACCAGAGCACCGAACCGAAAGAAAUGGAUGAGCAAGCUCUGCCAAAUACAGAUUUACUUGCAAUGAACAUUGUCGCUAUACUACUAAAGGGCGCCAAGGGGCUGCUCGAGAUGCUGCCUCGCGUCGCCCUGCGCUUUACCACAUAAAUGCUGAACAGCUUACAC